UCAAACACGUUUUGUUUGAGUGAAAAGUGAAAGAAUAUUAUUAGGGCAAAAAAACCCAAUUACAAAACAAAACCAAUAAUUCAAGUUCCAAAUAAAAAUUCAAACUUUUGAAGAUUUUGGAAUCUCACAACUGUCACCAGAGUUUAUCCAUUAGGAUUUUAGCUCUUCUAGAUCUGAUCGACAAUUCUGCGUUUUCUAGCUCAAAACUCAAAAGGGUUUCAUUCUUCAAACUCUUUUCAUCAUCUGGGGGUUUUGAAGGAACUUGUUCAAGUUGAGAUCUUUAGCUGUAAUGCAGCUUUGACUUGCUGCUUUUGAUUUUUUGGUUUGGAUUAUUUUUGCUUAAAAUUGAGCAGUUUUUCACUUUUAAGCUUAUAUAAUGGUUUUCUGGGAAGAAUAUGUGAGUGAUGAAGUGAUGGGAACCUUUGCCCCUAUUGUGGUUUAUUGGAUAUAUGCUGGAUUUUAUCACUUGCUUCCGCCUCUAGAUAAUUAUCGGCUGCAUACUACGAGAGACGAGGAAAAGAAGAAUUUGGUUCCUUUUAAAGCAGUUGUGAAAGGUGUUUUGCUUCAGCAGCUUGUUCAGGCAAUUGUUGCACUGAUCUUGUUGACGACAACAGCAAAUGCAUCAGGGGUUACAGUGCAGCCUUCUAUGACCAAGCAAAUUAUUCAGAUUGUUAUUGCGAUGUUUGUGAUGGAUACAUGGCAGUACUUUGUGCAUCGGUACAUGCAUCAGAACAAGUUUCUAUACCGCCAUAUCCACUCCCAGCAUCAUAGACUGGUUGUUCCUUAUGCAAUAGGAGCCCUGUACAAUCACCCUAUUGAGGGUCUUCUACUUGACACCGUCGGUGGAGCCAUCUCAUUUCUUGUCUCGGGGAUGACUGCAAGAACAGCCGUUGUAUUCUUCUGCUUUGCUGUUGUGAAAACCGUCGACGAUCACUGUGGACUGUGGUUGCCCGGCAAUAUCUUCCAUUUAUUUUUCCAGAAUAACACGGCAUAUCAUGACAUUCAUCAUCAACUACAAGGGCUGAAAUACAAUUAUUCUCAACCGUUCUUUCCUAUAUGGGAUAAAAUUCUUGGGACAUACAUGCCUUUCAAUCUUGUAAAGCGAGCCGAAGGGGGUUUUGAGGCAAAGCCUGCAAAGGACUAGUUACAUUGUAAUUGUGUUAUGGUGCUGUUUUUCCAUGGAACCAGAGGCUUUACUGCGAACACUUAUCGAGUUGAUUGGAGCUUAGCUGGUUUUCUUGGUGGCUUGACAAUGUUUUAAGAUCAUCAUCAUCAUCUUAUUACAAUAGGUUUUGCCAAUCCACCUUGUGUAGCAUAACAAUGAUGUGGUGGUUAAUGAGAUUUUCAUUAUUAUGAUUAUGAUGUACUUACAGUAACAUUUUUUUAAGGUGUAAGAUGCUAAGAGUAUCAGUUUUUUUAGCUACCAUAGUUGCUUUUUCCAUUGCUACUUGUAUUACAUUUAAUAAGUUCAAGUGUGGAUUAUAUACCUUUAUUAUAAGACAUCUUUCAAAUUUUCAAUGGCAUUAAUUAUAUUUUUACCAA